AUGGCCUAUCAAUUAAAAAUAUUUUCUGUUCGAUUCGAAAUCAAUCAAUUUUAUGUGUUAUGGACAGAUGAUCCUGAUAAAAUGUUGAUCGUUGAUUCGUUCAAGGGCCUCGAGUUGCUGAUAAUUGCUGGUUUUAUGGAGUAUCAUUACAUGUUUUCGGUGGUUUUUGGUGCAGUUGCAGUUGCAAUCGAAAGAAUUUGUGCGUCAGUUUUGAUUGACAAUUACGAAUCGACCAACAAGAUUUUCAUCCCUAUUCUUCUCACUAUCGUCCUACAAAUCCUCGCAAUUCUGGUUUCCUGUUUAGCUCUAUUCCACAAACUUGACAUAAUUACAAUUAAUGCCACGUGGAUUGUCAGCUGCAUCUUUUCGUCAAUUAUGUUUCUCCUCGUCGAACGAAUCAAUGAAAAGUGGCGUGCUGAAAUGGAGAAUCCUCACUGGAAACGAGUUUUUACAAUAUCUCAGCGAUUCCAGGUCAAGGAGAAUAUAAGAGCGCUGGAUCUUGGAAAACGACUAAUCUUCUCCGAAAUCGGCACAAUUUCAAUAAUUGGUCUUGUGAUAGCUGCACUUUUACUGGAAUUGGUACCUCCAUCCCUAUGUCAUAUCGCAGAGAAUGCACUUUUCUUAAAUCCAUUUGGCAUCUGUACUGUUGCAAUGUUUAGUAUACCUGCGUGGAAGAAAAGAUACAAGAAUUCAUUUCCAGCUUGUUGUCGAUUGAGAUCAAGGAAUGCGAGAGUGGACGUGGCAACACAAGGAAAGUCAUGGAAUAGAGAAAAGGACGAUAUAGUUGGAGCGGUGAAAGUGCCGGGUAUCAGUGGAGAUACAUAUGUUCAUAUUCCAGCUGUAACUGGUAGUCACAGGAAAAUGAGAUUAAUCGGAAAAGGAAAGAAACGACUGCAUUCGAUAGGCCAUGGUGAACAAAUUCGCUUGAAGGAACAAUCUCUCAAGUACUUCUACAGUUUCCUAUUAAUGUGCCCCACGAAUAUUCAUGGAUGA